CGGCCGACCGGGCACACGGGGGGCGGCUGCAUCAGCCAGGGCCGGAGCUACGACACGGACCAGGGCCGGGUGUUCGUCAAGAGCAACUCUCGGUCGGAGGCCAGAAGAAUGUUUGAGGGAGAAAUGGCAAGUCUGGAAGCCAUCCUGAAAACACACACAAUAAAAGUGCCUAAACCCAUCAAAGUUCUAGACCUGCCCGGAGGCAGUACUGCAUUUGUGAUGGAACAUUUGGAAAUGGGAGGCUUAAACAGACAUUCAGCAUURCUUGGAUCACAGCUGGCUGAUCUUCACCUUCAUAACCAGCAACUUGGAGAGAAGCUGAAGAAAGAAGGGAACACAGUUGGUAAAGGUCAAGGGCAAACAGAAGUCCAGUAUGUGGAUCAGUUUGGCUUUCAUACAGUUACCUGCUGUGGUUACCUUCCACAGGUGAAUGACUGGCAGAGUGACUGGGUGACCUUCUUUGCCAGACAAAGAAUCCAGCCCCAGAUGGACAUGGUUGAAAAGAAAUCAGGAGACAGAGAAGCAAGAGAACUUUGGGCACAGCUUCAGCUGAAGAUACCCAGUUUGUUCUGCGACAUGGAAAUCACUCCUGCUCUCCUKCAUGGGGAUCUCUGGGGAGGAAAUGUAGCUGAGGAUGAUUCUGGUCCGAUUAUCUUUGACCCGGCUUCUUUCUACGGCCAUUCAGAGUAUGAGCUUGCAAUAGCUGGGAUGUUUGGUGGCUUCAACAGUUCUUUUUAUUCUGCUUAUCAUGGUAAAAUCCCCAAAGCCCCAGGGUUUGAGAAACGCCUGAAGCUUUAUCAGCUGUUUCACUACAUGAACCAUUGGAACCAUUUUGGUUCAGGCUACAGAGGGUCUUCUUUAAACAUUAUGAGAAACCUUGUAAAGUAACUUGCUGCUUAAGCCAAAUACUUCCUGUGUUGUUUGCGGAGUCCCCUACUUGGUGGUGCAGUUGCAGGAGUAGUGAUGUUAAAAAAAAACCGUAAGACCCUUGACCUUGUUGCUCARCUAAAGACCCAGAAUCAGCAACUCCUGCUGAAUACCAAGUGUAACAUAGUCAUCCCUUUUUAGGAUAGUUGGGGAUAACUCCAUGAGGGAAGAAAUAUAAGGAGUGAGUUUAUUCAUUUGCAUAGUGAAUAAAGGUCUCAGUGUCCAGAAAGCACGCGAGACUGUGCAGGGUAAUACAAAUAAACACCGAGGGGAUGGCUGAAAGAAGUUGCUCAUGGCAUUUUGCUCUGUCUUCCUCUCKUUUUCAGCUCUUCAUGUCCAGUUGUGUGCAUGAGAGCAAUGUUAGCAAUAGAGCUUGAAAGUCAUCAGGAAAAUUACAUAACAGGAACUGUGAGAAGGGAUUUGGACUUGUUAUUCAUUUUCACAGAAUCAGAGUGGGUGAGGUUGGGAGGGAUCACUGGAUUCCAUCUAGUCCGACCUCCCUGCCUAAGCAGAUUACUCAAGAUUGGGUCAGAGGCUUUUAAAGACUUCCARUGUUUCGCUGAUUGAUUCUUCUGGAUGCAGACUGUUGGUGCCUCCUGGCAUGCUUGUGGGCUGUUCUGUGCUUUCUGGUCRGUGUGCUUUUAUCCACAGCAAUUUUGCUUCCACCAGAACUAGUUCUCUUCUUUUUUUGAAUUAUGCUUUUGUCCACUAGUGUGCAUUCUUAAAGAACUUUUCGGGUAAGACACUUUGCAUGUACACAUCUUGUGGAGGUGUAUUCUCUCACCCAAACAGAAGAUAUAUAUUUUGACUUUCAAUACCCACAAAGCCAUAUGGUCCUGGUGCAGGCAUCACCUACAUUUUCUGUAGCUUUAGAGAGUAGGUGUUAUAAACUAGCAUUUUCCUUCAGUCCUUGUGGAGAAAUGCUAAAAGACAAGGCUGAGCAAGGAGAAGUGUCUGUGUUGGCAGCGGGUCACCAGAAAAAAACUGUGUGUGUUGGGAGCAGGGAAACUGAGGGAGCUUGAUGUGCCAUCCUGAGAGAGCAGGAAACAAAGGAUGGAAURGCACAGAGGUAUAGUGGCUGUGUUUAAAAUAAUGCAACCAACAGGAGCUAAGCCGAGGAAAGGCCCAAUCAGUCAUUAAAAGCUGAACUUUGUUUCAUUACCUUGAAAUACAUGGUAACUUUUUGUCUUUACAUGUGGUAAUGAAAUGAAAUCUGUACAUGCUUCACAUGUAAGACUAAAGUCAAACUCUACCUAAUMAUGGAAUGACAUUGACUGGA